AUGUAUCGUCGCCGCUAUCGGACCACACUCGGCUUAGGCCUGGGAUCAUCUUUUUCGUCCACCUUCUCGACGACGCUCUCGUUCAGCUCGAGGUCUUCGAGUACGGACAGCGUCAGGUCAGACGCACGGGCGACGGCCGCUAAGCUCAAAUCGAAGUAUGAAACGGCCGGCACUGCCCAAGGUUCGUGUACUGGUGUGAUAGUAAAUCUCGAUAGCGUGAAAUAG